AUGGUCGGCUCCCUGCCAAUGGUCGCAGCCACAGCGCUUCGAGAAACAUCUGCACUGCGGAGGACGUUGACAGAAAAGCCACAAGGCUCGUGGCAGAACACCAGCCGCCCUGCCCUUGCGGACAGUGAGAACAGCUUCCACCAAACCAACUUGGCACACCGGCCAAAGCGGCUGCAUCAGCUGCAUCCUACCGCUGACUGUGACCUGCAGCAGAAGCGCAACGAAAUGGAGGCUACCUUUGGACGCCUAGGUGCCAGCCCGCCCCUCUUCUCGUGUGGCCUGAAGCCUCAGGAGGAAGAGGAGCUGCGGCAGUUCGUGGCUUCGGGCACGUGCAGUCGCGAGGCAGAUUUCUUCGCUGAUGUUGAGGCAGUUUGUCGGGAGAUUUAUGGCUACACGCGUACAAUCGCAAGGUCGGCCAAGAAGUGGUGUCUCCAGGACUUUGAGAUUGGUCGGCCACUUGGCAAGGGCAAGUUUGGCAAUGUGUACCUCGCACGCGAGAAGACAACCAAGUACGUCGUCGCACUUAAGGUCAUGUUCAAGUCUCAGCUUCAGAAGAGCGGAAUGGAGCAUCAACUUCGACGGGAGAUUGAGAUCCAGUCUCAUCUCAGGCACCCCGAACAUCCUGGUGCCUGUUCAAAUGGUUUCCACGAUGAGACGAGGGUCUAUCUGAUCCUGGAAUAUGCGCCUCAGGGCGAACUCUACAAGCAGCUUACUUCGGCAGGCGUUUUCACUGACAAGGAGAGCGCACUACGGUACAUCUACCAGCUCUGCGAUGCGCUCAAGGUCUGCCAUGCACAAAACGUCAUCCACCGCGACAUCAAGCCGGAAAAUCUUCUCGUCGGCAUUAAUGGCGAGAUUAAGAUUGCAGACUUCGGCUGGUCCGUGCAUGCACCUUCAUCCAGGCGGGCCACAAUGUGCGGCACGCUGGAUUACCUGCCACCUGAGAUGAUUGAAGCUGCCCCCUACAACGAGAAGGUGGACCACUGGGCCCUCGGCAUUCUCAUCUACGAGUUCUUGGUGGGCAAGCCCCCCUUUGAGUCGCCCACGAUGCACGAGACGUACCGGCGCAUACGCGAGUGCAAGGUGCAGUUCCCUCCGUACGUAAGCGCCGAGGCACGGGACCUAAUUGGCAAG